CGAAUCCAACUCGUGCGUUACUGCUCCUGGACCACGAUUCGUGUGCCUUCAUUGUGGGAAAAGAUACAAAUGGCAGGAUAGCUUGAGGAGACAUCAGAGAGUCGACUGCGGGAACAAGGAGAAGAAAUUUUCCUGUCAUCUAUGCGACAAAAAGUUCAAGUACCGAUACGAACUACGGAAUCACGUCGAUGCUUACCACGACCUAUAAAUCCGCCAGAUGGCUACUUCUCGUUGCAACUGCCGUACGGUUUGCCAUCGGGGUUUCAACCUUACGCGGCCAGCAUGAAUUUACCGCAAAAAGAUGAAAUGAAAUAUUUGCGCAAUGAUGGCAACUUGAUGAAUAUUUGUUUCGGUUGUGGCAAGAGGUACAAGUGGAGAGACAGUUUAUUAAGGCAUCAGAGGGUUGAAUGUGGUAACAAAGAAAAAAAGUUUUCUUGCAAAUUGUGUCCGAAAAAAUUCUAUCACCAGUAUAAGUUAAACGAACAUUAUCAGGGGCGACACAAGAUACCGAAGCCCCAUUAAACCGCAUAAACUUUAGUGAUCUUUGUUCCACGAAUGAUUUUUAGAAUAUUUUUAUAUCGAUAUUUUAACCGGCGAAACAAAAAUGUUCCUCGAGAAUAUACUAUUGCGAAAAUACUCGAUGCGAUUCUCAAAUUGUCUUUUUAUAUCGACGGGGAUAGUAUCUCAAGCCGAUGAAACUAUGUUAAUCGCAACAAGACUGCUUUAGAAUACGUUCGUUGUACCGCUUUAAAAAUAUUACUUUUCUUAUCGCCGGUUUCUUUCACAAACACAGAUCGAUCAGAUCUCGUCGACUAAAACUGAACUAAGUCAUAAUCGGUUUCUACUUAAUAGCGUGUAAGUACGUAACGAUAAAUUGCUAUACCUGAACGUAUAAAUACUAGGAAGCCGUGAUAAGAAUGAAUAAAUAUGGUGAAUUACAA